AUGGCUUUUCCUCACUUGUUUCUUCUCUUCUUGCUGUCUUGCACCCUGCUUAAUCAUGGAUAUGCUCGUCCUAACCGCUCCAGGAAAGCUGUUGCAGGUCGAGGAGAUGACAAUAUGAAGGCGCAAAUUGAUAAACUAUGGCAGGAGGUCAACUCCUUGAAGGAGAUGCAAGCGCUGCAAACAGUUUGUCUUCGUGGCACCAAAGCUCACAAGAAGUGUUACCUGGUCAUUGAAAAGCCCACGCAUUAUCAUGAAGCCAAUGAGGACUGCAUUGCUCAGGGCGGAACCUUGGCCACGCCCCGAAGCCUGAGGGAAAACAACGAUCUACGAGACUACGCCAAACUCAGCUCACCAGGCACCAAAGACUUCUGGAUAGGUGUGACCGAUAUUGUUCAAGAAGGCCAGUACGUCGAUGUCAACAGCAUGCCCAUCACCUACUUCAACUGGGAUCGUUCUAAGAAGGAGCCGACAGGAGGAAAACGACAGAGCUGUGCCGUGCUGUCGAUCCCAGCACAGGGCAAGUGGCAUGAUGAGGUGUGUCGCACUGAGAAGAGAUACAUAUGUGAAUACCUCAUUCCUUAA